AUCGAUCAUCAUCGAGACCUGUAGGUAGAUAGUACUGGGCCAAGUUGGAAGCCAGAUGAGGAUUGUGCAUUACGGAGUAAUCAUUUAAAAAGGUAAAAAAAAAUUCAGUGUUUGAGACAUGAAUCAGGGUAUACCGGGAGGGAGAAGCACUUUUAGCAUAAGCGAAAGAAAGAAAUCGUGGUGCGUUUCUCGCCGGAGAGGAAUGUGGUUUUGCUAACCUUCCUAACUUAACCCCACACAGGCAGAGGCUCCUUCCAACCCAAGAAAACCACUAAACGACGACGCUUUAAGGCUAUUGCUGCAGCUGCUACCUACAUACACAUACACUUUAGCUGACAAAGAAAAGUCAGUGUAGCUCUGCGAUUCCAAAUUCGCAAAUCGCAACCGAUUUAUGAUCCAUCUCUCCGAUUCCACAUAGAGAGAGAGAGAGAGAGAGAGAUGUGGGUGUUUUACCUGAUCUCGCUCCCUCUAACCACGGGCAUGGUGCUUUUCACGCUUAGGUACUUCGCCGGUCCCUAUGUGCCUCGCUACGUGCUCUUCACCGUUGGAUAUACCUGGUUCUGUUCUCUCUCCAUCAUCAUCCUCGUCCCCGCUGACAUUUGGGCGACAAUGUCUUCUAACCAAGUUAAUGGAGCUAUUUCUUUCUUCUGGAGCUGGUCAUAUUGGAGUACGUUUUUACUUACUUGGGCUGUGGUGCUCCUUAUUCAGGGUUUUGAAGAUGCUGGGGAUUUUACUGUAUCAGAAAGAUUAAAGACUAGUGUACAUGUUAACUUGAUCUUCUAUCUAAUUGUUGGAUCCAUUGGCCUUUUUGGACUCAUUCUUCUCAUUUUGACGCACAACAAAUGGAAGGGAAGUCUUUUGGGAUUUGCCAUGGCCUGCUCAAAUACUUUUGGACUUGUUACUGGUGCAUUUCUUCUUGGCUUUGGUUUAAGUGAAAUUCCUAAAAGCAUUUGGAGAAAUGCUGACUGGACUAUCCGCCAGAAAGUUCUUACGCACAAAAUUGCCCAAAUGGCUGUCAAACUGGAUGAUGCUCACCAAGAACUUUCAAAUGCUAUUGUUGUAGCUCAAGCAACAUCCAAGCAAAUGUCCAAGCGUGAUCCUUUGAGACCUUAUAUGAAUGUCAUUGAUGAUAUGCUAACUCAAAUGUUUAGGGAAGAUCCUUCCUUCAAACCACAAGGUGGCCGAUUAGGGGAAGAUGAUAUGGAUUAUGAUACAGAUGAGAAGUCAAUGGCAACACUAAGGCGCCAUCUUCGGGGAGCUCGUGAGGAGUAUUACAGAUAUAAAAGUGGAUAUAUGACUUAUGUAUUGGAGGCACUUGAAUUGGAAGAUACUAUAAAGAAUUUUGAUCGCCGCAACUCAACUGGAUGGGAAUAUAAUUCAAGCAUUAGACCUGCUCGGACUGGCAAGUUGGGGUCCCUAUUUGAUACUUUAGAAUUUUUAUGGAAAUGCAUUUUAAGGAAACAAGUUGAGAAAGGCUUGGCUGUUAUACUCGGUAUCAUGUCUGUAGCAAUUCUUUUAGCUGAGGCAACUCUUCUGCCUAGCAUUGAUCUAUCGCUUUUUUCCAUUCUUAUAAAAUCGGUUGGAACAGAGGAGGUCCUUGUGCAGGUGUUUGCUUUUGUUCCUCUCAUGUACAUGUGCAUCUGCACAUACUAUUCAUUGUUCAAAAUUGGAAUGCUGAUGUUUUACUCACUGACACCCAGACAGACUAGCUCAGUUAACUUGCUUAUGAUAUGCUCGAUGGUUGCUCGUUAUGCUCCUCCUGUCUCGUACAACUUUCUCAAUCUCAUUCGCCUUGGCAAGAAUAAAACAACUUUAUUUGAACAGCGAAUGGGGAACAUUGACAACGCUGUUCCUUUCUUUGGGGAUGAAUUUAACAAAAUCUAUCCACUUAUUAUGGUUAUAUACACCCUUUUGGUUGCAAGCAACUUCUUUGAUAAAGUAUUUGAUUUUCUGGGAAGUUGGAAGAGAUAUAUUUUCAAAACUGAAGCUGAAGACAUGGAUGGUUUUGAUCCAUCAGGAUUAAUUAUUUUACAAAAAGAGCGGUCUUGGCUUGAGCAAGGAUGCAAAGUAGGGGAGCAAGUUGUUCCACUUGCAAGAAAUUUCAAUAACAUUGAUAUUGAAUCGGGCAACAAUUUUAUGGAAAGGAAUGGUGCUGAAAUGAAGCCAACUUCCAGUUUAAUUACUGAUGAAGUAAAAGGAAGUCUGUCCAAAACAUCAAAGGAAGACACAAGCAGAAGCAGGGAAGCCAUCACCAAGAAGUAUGCUGUGAUUAGAGAGCAGGGUGGGCCAGCAUCUAAGUUGAAGUCAGAAGAGAAAAACGUAGCCUCUGCUGAUUCCUUGUUCGACGAAGGCAAUACUAAUUCUAGCAAUUCAUCUGGAGGACCAUCUUCAGGUUUAACUUCGACUUGGCAAUCGAUGAAAACUGGCUUUCAGAGUUUCAAGACAAACAUAGGGGCCAAAAAGUUCUUGCCUUUACGGCAAAUACAAGAAAAUAAGGGCCCUAGUGAUUCCUCGUCUGAGUCCCUUGAUGAUAUAUUUCAAAGACUCAAACGACCAACUUUACACCAAUCUAUUUACAAUGACGACGAUUAGGAUGGAGGCCAAUACUUUUGGUUCUUGUAGGUGAUAUCCAUAAUUUGGAAAUGACUUGCAAGUGUAAAAGCGUUCUAGGAUUGGGAAUGCAGGUCCAUAUUAUCAUGUACAGUAAUGGGAAAGUUUAAAUGCUGUACUUAGAAAAUGACAAUUAUACUUAAAUCCCUCAAGGCAGACCAAAGAGGGAAAGAUAGUGUGCUAUACGGAAACUCCUAUACGUUUGCAAAUCAAUCUAACACAAAAGCCUGCUUAUCCUUAGAAAGAAUACUUAAAAUUGUACCAGUGGACGGUGUCACCGACUUUUAAAAUGUUUUGCCUGGUUUCAAUUUAUAAUUUUAAUUUCAUUCCAUAGA